AACAAGAAUAGUUAUUAAUUGGUGUGUGUGCUCGUUCCUGCUUUAAAAUGGCUGAUCAAAGUAAAAAAAAGACCCAAGCUAUAUCAAACGAGAAAUAUAGGGACGUGCUCUUAACAACGACAAACGAGCUGCGAAAAGAAGGAGUCCUUUGCGAUGUUCGACUUCUUGUGGGAGAUCAAAGUUUUCUCGCUCAUCGCAGUAUUCUCGCCGCCAGCAGCCCGUAUUUCCGAGGUUUAUUCACCAAUGACAUGAAGGAAAAAGAUCUAAUGGAGUGCAGACUUGACCAGUUGCAAGCCUCUGUCAUGGAACCUCUCCUUGGUUAUUUAUACACUGGCAAUGUGACUCUUGACGAAGAAAACGCAGAGAGCCUCGUGGCAGCGGCCGAUUAUCUGCUCAUUCAGAGCCUCAAAGAUAUUGGGUGCGAGUUUUUAGAAGGUCUGCUUUCUCCAUCAAAAUGUUUUACCUUGAGAGAUUUUGCUGAGAAAUACAGCUGCGAUUCUCUGAAAAGCUCUGCCACGCGCUACAUUGUGAAACACUUUAACGAUGCCUGUGAUACAGAAGCUUUCAAAUCGGUGGAGUACAGAGUUUACAUCGAAAUAAUCGCGCGCGACGAUCUCGAAGUUUCGCGCGAGGAAGAUGUGUAUGAGACGCUGAUCAAGUGGGUGAAGCACGAUUUGGAAACUCGGAAAGAGUAUUUCGACGAAUUAUUCAGCAAAAUUCGCUUGUCUUCGUUAUCGAGGCAUUACUUGAUUAAUCAAGUGGAAAAAGAAGAGCUGGUCAGCGAGAGUUUUUAUUGCACAAAGCUUGUGGUGAAAGCUCUGAACGCGUUUAUUCUCCACGAGUAUGACGAUCGCGAGUGUGCUCGAAAUAAUCUCAAAAGAUAUUUGGAUGUCAUCACAGUGUGCGGCGGGAAUUUGUGCAAAGAGGCGACCUGUUAUUCUCCGGCAAAGAAAAAAUGGCUGCCUUUUGCAGACAUGUUGAAGGCGCGCGACGAACACUGUACGGCUGUUCACGACAAUGUCCUUUAUGCGUUUGGCAGCACACAGACUGAGAACGGCCAGUCGGUCGAACAGUAUAAUGCGCACACUAACUCCUGGAUAGCGGUGGCAAACAUGCCUCAGAUGCGCUGCGCAGCAACCGCUGUCACGUGCGGUGAUCACAUCUUUAUCAUUGGAGGAAGAAUACCAAACGGUGGCGGUUCCACCAAACAAGUCAUGCGCUACGAUGCCGAUAUCAACAAGUGGUUUAUUGAGACGUCCAUGUCUGUCAAACGUGCUGGUCUCUGCUCAGCAGCCUGUGACGGUCUCGUAUACGCAAUCGGCGGUUUGAGCGACAGGAACGAGUUUCUGCGUACAGUUGAACGAUACGACCCGCGAAAGAAGGUAUGGAGUGACGUCACGCCCAUGCAAGUCGCGCGGUAUUUCGCGUGCGCAGUGGAGAUGAACGGCAAAAUAUUUGUAAUUGGUGGCCAGUCCUCCAGCGGCGCGUAUCUGUCCUCGUGCGAAGCGUUAGAUCCUUCCACGGAGGAAUGGGCCUCGCUACCAAAUAUUUCUGUCUCUCGACAAGCGGCCGGAGUAACAAGACUUGGAUACCGGAUUUACUUGUUUGGAGGCUGUAAUAACUCAGGCAGUCUGGACAGUGUUGAAUGUUAUGACGACAGGAAGCGAAGCUGGGAAGCAAUCGCGAGGAUGCCCUGUAAAAGAUCUUGGGUACAGUGUGGCGUGCUUCGUGUGGCCAAAGAUCUUUUCGAACUCAACUAAUCAAAUUGAAGACAUCGUAACACACGAUUAUUAUAUCGACCUCCUGAAACAAGACACAGGAAUGGAAUAUACUGGAAAAACUAGAAAACUUUACCCUCGAAAUGGAGCAAACCAAGGAAUGACUAAUUUGAUGGACUUUAAACGGAGAUUGGUUCAAG